ACGCAUCUCCCGACUUCAAGCAGAUCCCUGACCCAGCCGUCGCCCCAGGGCUGCAUGCACAUCCUAUGGAUGCUAGAAAGCCUGGGGGCUUAGAAGGAACACGCCCCCCAUGUCGGCGGCCGGCGUAGCGCAGCCAGCGCAGUCCGCGCAGCCUGUGAAGCUCUCGCUGCCUCUGAUCUACCAGCAGAAGCUCUUUGAGGAGCUCCGCAACGAGGAUGAGCUCGUCGUGCUGGCUCGAGGCCUCGGCCUCAUCCGGCUCGUCACGAACCUGCUCCACUCGUACGAUGCCGCAGGGAGCAACCUGAUCGUCGUCGUCGGGGCCGAGGACCGGGAAAACGCAUGGAUUGGGGAGGCGCUCGCCGAGCAUGCCGCCAUCAGCAUGUCGCCCCGGGCCCGCGGCCUAACUGUGGUCAACACCGACUUCACCAGCGUGGCCGCCCGCGAGAAGAUGUAUGCCGAAGGCGGCAUCUUCAGCAUCACCUCGCGCAUUCUGGUCGUCGACAUGCUGACCGGCCUCCUCAACCCGGAGACCAUUACGGGCGUGGUCGUUCUUCACGCCGACCGUGUCGUUGCCACGUCCUUGGAAGCCUUCAUCCUCAGGAUAUACCGCCAGAAGAACAAGGUCGGCUUUCUCAAGGCCUUCUCCGACAAUCCCGAUCCCUUCGCCACGGGCUUCUCGCCGCUGUCCACCAUGAUGAGGAACCUGUUUCUUCGAAAAGCCUCGCUCUGGCCGCGCUUUCACGUGCAUGUUGCGCAGGCGUUGGAGGGCAAAAAGAAGGCCGAGGUGAUCGAGCUCGAAGUCCCCAUGACCGACGCCAUGCGCGAGAUACAGAAUGCUGUCAUGGAAUGCGUCGAGGUCAGCAUCCACGAGCUCAAAAAGGCUAACACGGGGCUGGACAUGGAAGAUUGGAACCUGGACAGCGCCCUGCUCAAGAAUUUCGACGUCAUUGUGCGCCGCCAGCUGGAUCCAAACUGGCAUCGAGUCAGCUGGAAGACCAAGCAGAUCGUGAACGACCUGACUGUCCUCCGGGGGAUGCUCCAAUCUGUCCUGUCUCUGGAUGCCGUCUCCUUCCUGCAGCACCUCGAUACCAUACACGCCGCCCAUUCGCCGCCCCCAGGGUCGACGCGACAGACACAGUCUCCCUGGUUGUUCCUGGAUGCUGCGCAAACCAUUUUCGACACGGCCAAGAGGAGGGUCUACUCGAGCAGCCAGCGAGCGGGUCCGGACACCGCUAAUAUUGAUGCCCUGCGGCCCGUUCUGGAGGAACAACCAAAAUGGGCCGUCUUGGCCGAGGUGCUGAGCGAGAUCGACCGAGAUCUCUACUUUGAACCUGCUGCCCGCGACGAUUCCAACGGGACGGUACUGAUCAUGUGCUCCGACACAAAUACCUGCCGACAGCUGCGUGAUUAUCUUCAGACGAUGCACGUCAAGCCAAGAACGGAAAAGAAGGUUGAGGAAUUCUACGACCCUGACACGGACAAGCCGUCGGCUGCAUUCAUGAUGAGGAGGAAGCUCCGUAAUUAUCUCCAAUGGAAGCGAGAGUUUGCCCAAGUCAGCGCGACUCUGUUUUCCGAGAACCAAAAGGCGCUCAGCGGUGCGGUUGAUCCACGCCUCGGCCAUUCCAGGGGCAGGGCUCCCCCGAACAAGAGGCGCCGGGUCCGUGGAGGUGGCGCGGUCGGUGUCGGCCCAGGACGCCUUGACAACGGGAGCAUAGCGCAGUACUUUGAGAAACCAGGUGAAGUUGCCGAACUGAUGGCCGAGGUACAAAUUACCGAAGAGGAAACGAAGCAAAAGGAAGACAUUGUCGCGGACCCGCUGGAAGACAUGGACGACUACUACCAGCUGUAUGAGAUGCAGGACCUUGUCGUCGUCCACGCCUACGACGGAGAUCAAGACGAACACAUUCUCGAGGAGGUCAAGCCCAAGUACAUCGUCAUGUACGAGCCGGAUGCCGCCUUCAUCCGGAGGGUGGAAGUCUAUCGCUCGUCCCACAACGACAGGAACGUCAGGGUCUACUUCCUCUACUAUGGCGGGUCAGUCGAAGAACAGCGCUACUUGUCUACGGUCCGCCGCGAGAAGGAUGCUUUCACCAAGCUCAUCAAAGAGCGCGCUAGUAUGUCGGUCGUCAUGACCACAGAUGCCCAGGGCGUCGAAGACCCACAGGAAGCCUUCCUUCGCACCAUCAACACCCGCAUCGCCGGCGGCGGGAAAUUGGCCGCCACCGCGCAGCCGCCCCGCGUCGUGGUCGACGUGCGCGAGUUCCGCUCCUCGCUCCCGUCCCUCUUGCACGGCCGAUCCAUGAUUAUCGUCCCUUGCAUGCUGACCGUCGGCGACUACAUCCUCAGCCCGAACAUCUGCGUCGAGCGCAAGAGCGUGAGCGACCUGAUCAGCUCCUUCAAGGACGGCCGGUUAUACAACCAGUGCGAGACCAUGUUCCAGCACUACAAGAACCCGAUGCUGCUGAUCGAGUUCGACCAGAACAAGAGCUUCACGCUCGAGCCCUUCGCCGAUCUGUCGGGCAGCCUGGCCAGCGUGAGCGCCUCCAACGCCGGCGCCAACGACCUGCAGGGUAAAAUCGUCUUGCUGACGCUGGCCUUCCCCAACCUGCGCAUCAUCUGGUCGUCGUCGCCGUACGAGACGGCCGAAAUCUUCGAGCGGCUCAAGGCGCAGGAGGAGGAACCGGAUCCGAUUGCCGCCGUCAGGGCAGGCUUGGAUGGCGACGCGCCAGCCGAGGAGCAGGUCUUUAAUGCGGUGCCCCAGGAGAUGCUAGCUGCGGUACCCGGGGUGACGCCCAAGAAUAUCAUGAACUUGGUGCUCGAGACGGAGAACAUCAAGGAGGUGGCUAACAUGACGGUGGAGGAGCUUGAGCCGUUGGUCGGGAAGGAAGCAGCUGGUAAAAUUCACGGUUUCUUCGCGAAGGAUCUGUUGGAGGAUGAGUGACAGACACUUGGACAUGUUUCAGAGAGAACGAUUCACUACGCUGCAGGGUCGCUAUGGAAAUGGAAAACAGAAUCGACUCAUUCAACCG